AUGAAGUGCCUUCCAGCUGGCUUUCCCAAGCAUUGUAGGGGUGCGGCAAUGACAGGGAAAUCGAUUGUGGUGACUAGAGCUCUUGGCCGUUAUCAACAAUCACGUCCUCGUCGAUACCAGCAAAUACGGCAUGCCUCUACGAGCCCAUCGCGGAUGCGGACAGCACUCUUCUUUCCAGGAUCUCCUGCUGACAGUCGAAAAGGCCAAGGGGUUCAAAGAGUGGGCAUGCUCACGCCAUGGCUAGAGGCAUUUCCUGCAACGGCAAAGCCAGUGGUGGAAGAGAUUGACGAGUUGCUGGGUUACAAGAUCUCUAAGAUUAUCGACGAGGGGCCGAACAGCACUCUCACCGCGACUGGAAAUGCUCAACCCGCGAUUAUGGCUUCCUCCAUCCUUAUCCUACGAGUAUUAGAGCAGGAAUUCGGAUUCAGACCGUCGGAGAGGUGUGGUGUUACACUCGGACAUUCGCUGGGUGAAUUUGCGGCCCUGGUUGCUGGAGGGUUCGUUUCCUUCGAGGAUAGUCUAUAUCUGGUCCGGAAAAGAGCUCAGGCGAUGGCGGAAUGCACCCGGCGGGCAUGCGAAGAACAUGGCGGAGAAUACGGGAUGGUGGCUCUCGUCACCGAGCCAGAUCACCUUGCCCCAUUGAUCGAGUCGAUACACGAAUUUCUCGGGUUCCACAGCACUGGUUCGAAAUCCGAAAGCGCGCAGGAUGUGCCACCAAUCGACCAAGUCCUGAUUGCAAACAUAAAUAGCAAGAAUCAGAUUGUUCUCAGUGGGAAUAUUGAAAGAAUCAAAACGCUUUUGACGCAUCUAAGGCAAUUCGGAGGUCAUGAUCCAAGGGCCGUCAGAUUAAAGAGCGACAGCCCUUUCCAUAGCCCGUUGAUGAAACCAGCUGCAGCAUCCAUGAAGAAAUGGUUGGAAGGCAAGAGCCGGACUAAAGGCCGCGAAGAUCAAGAUAUUGUCUCAUUUCCUGGGGUCAUGGAGUGCGUUAGCAACGUCACUGCCCGACCGUUUCAGAGCAAGGAGAAGCUAAAGGAACUUUGGGCGCGACAAUGUGUAGAAACUGUCAGAUGGUGGGAUUCGAUCAAGUAUCUGGAUCAGGAGCGGAAAAUCCGACGCUGGAUUGGUAUCGGGCCUGGCAAGAACAAUCCCCUCCAGAUCACGAUCUUCCCUUCUGCGCCAAACAACAAACCACUCCGCACACCCCUCCAAUUCUCCCUCAUACUCUCUAGCACCCUCGACAUAUUUGAGACCCGCUCCAAGGCGAAUCUCACAUCUGGCGGCGGUCUCUCCGGUGAUUACGGGCUUCUACACGCGGUCGACGAGCGGCUGGCGGCCUAUGGCUUCGAGACUAAUACCGGGGUGAAGUUUGUAGUAGUAGUGGAUAUGAGAGGCAGGGCGGUGGCUGAGGUGGCUGGAAAGAGUGUGGGCGCCGGCGGGUUGGGGGUUAGGGAGGGCGAGAUGAAGCUGGUUUUUAAGUCGUUGCAAGGAGCAUAUGUGAGGUUAUUGCAGAACCCUUUCUAUGAUCCUGAUGAGCAUAGUCCGCCAACGGGGCGGGGUGGGAAGAAGAUCACGAGCGCGAGGUUUGCGGAAGAUAUUAGACGGAUUGGAGAGAGCUGGACUCCUGGUGUAGGGAGCUUGUGA